GAGGAGAGCGAUGGAAAAGCCUUGCUCAGUCUCUUCUUCUCACUGAGGAGUUCAAAGAGCCCAGCGCUGUCCCGCACUCUCAAGGUUUUUGAGACAUUUGAAGCCAAGAUCCAUCAUCUUGAGACCAGACCCAGCCGAAAACCAAAGGACGGUUUGGAGGAUCUGGAGUAUUAUGUUCAGUGUGAGGUGCACCUGUCAGACGUGAGCACACUGGUCAGCUCUCUCAAGAGAAGCGCAGAGGAUGUCAAAACCACGAAAGAGGUCAAAUUUCAUUGGUUUCCCAGAAAAAUUGCUGAACUGGAUAAAUGCCAUCAUCUCGUCACCAAAUUUGAUCCGGAUCUGGAUCAGGAUCAUCCAGUAAGUGCUGGAUUAGUUCUUCUCUACUAAUAAAAUAAAAAUACACCUAAAUUUUGUCAUGUAUUUAUUUUUUAACUC